GGUGGGCCGUGGAUAUGUGGCUGGUUUGCAGGCCGACAAAAGGGGAUCGGCCAACCUGAGAAAAGGCAUCGACGAUGAACUGACUGUAGGAUAGCUACUUUCCCCUUCUCCUCUGCUCUUCCUCCUCGAGUUCCCUGUUGAUUUUGUACCCCUUUUACAUCCAAAGUUUGAUCUGAAUCCUCUGUGCGUGGCGCCAGCGGCAAGGAUCGUAACAUCUUGGUCAUCUUAUCCGUUCCCAGCCAGCAGCUAGCAAUCCUUGGUCAUUUCAUCCUCCGGAUAUCUCCACUGCUGCCCUAUUCCCUCGAAAUGGAGAAUAAUCUACCAGUCAACAUUCGUGAGUAUCAAGAACUGGCCAAAAAAGCACUGUCAAAGAUGCACUAUGAUUACAUCAACGGAGGAGCGGAGGAUGAACACACAUUGAGGGACAAUAUCGCAGCAUAUGGAAGAAUUUUGUUACGACCUCGGGUUCUUGUAGAUGUCAGCAACAUAGACAUGUCGACAAGCUUGUUGGGAUAUAACAUGCCCUCUCCCAUAAUUGUUGCACCAACGGGGUCACACAAAGUAGCAACCCCAGAAGGGGAGGUGGCUACAGCAAAAGCUGCAGCAUCAUGUAAUAGCCUAAUGGUGCUAUCCUUCUCAUCCAAUUGCAGAAUCGAGGAGGUUGCUUCCAGUUGUAAUGCGAUUCGUUUUUAUCAGCUAUUUGUGUUUAAGAAGAGAGAUGUUUCAUCAACAUUGGUACGGCGGGCCGAGAGUAAUGGAUUCAAGGCAAUUGUUUUGACAGUUGACACUCCUGUGUUCGGUCGACGUGAAGCUGAUAUUAGAAAUAAGAUGGUUGCUUCUCCGAAGCCAAACCUCGAAGGUUUAAUUUCAAUAGAUGAUCUUAAUACCACAGGCGGCUCGCAGAUUGAGAAAUAUGCGCGUGAUACGCUGGAUCCAUCUUUAUCAUGGAAGGAAGUGGAGUGGCUGAAAUCCAUAACCAGCCUGCCGAUUCUACUGAAGGGCAUUGUCACGGCCGAAGAUGCUAGGAAAGCAGUGGAGGCUGGGGUGGCCGGUGUGAUCGUGUCCAACCACGGCGGUCGGCAGCUUGACUAUGCGCCUGCCACCAUAUCCGUGCUCGAAGAGGGGUGUGCAUCAGUCGAUGCAAAGGGCGAGCGAGGCGAUAAAACUUUCCUUUCCAAAAAGACAUUUUAAGGCGGUGCCUCUGUCAGUGAGGCUUCCCUAAUGCUGACAGGCAUUGCGCCUCGCAACAGGAAGACAAAGGAAGAUGCAACCUAAAGUUACAGUAUCAAUGUGAAAUGUGGUGUCGUUAUUUAUAUGGGCCAUGUUGGGAUGGGAGUGGGUGAGCUGUUGAGGCCCGUGAUACAAUCGUUCAAAUCUGGUAGCAAAUGGAUGAACAUUAUUGGAUCCUCUACUCCUCUAUUGUUUUUCCUUCUUUCUUGCUCUUUCAUGAUCCCGAGUUCUCUCCAAGACCUCAUUGGAUCGUGAUCGCUUGGAGUCCAGAACAUCACAAGUUGGUACCAGAGCCAGCGUUGAUCUGACGCGCUUCAUAUCCUUGCGAUCGUACUAGUAAAUUCUUAGGAAUGUUGUUGGAGGCCCGAACUAAUGUGGAGUUUACGAGAGUAUGAGUAACAGAAAGUACAUACAUGCAAGUUUACUAGAGUAUGAGCAGCAGAAACUAAUGACACGCUUUAGAGGCAAUUUUAGGCUUUUCUAGCAAUCUAUCAAGCACCGUAAACAUGCAAGUUUACGAGAGUAGGAGCAGCAGAAAGUAAAGACAUGCAAGUGAAAGUAACAGGUAGAGUUAGAGAUAUGCAAACACGGAUUGGCUCAAGGAACUAAUACCUACUACAAGAUUAUUAACUAUCAAAAUCCACCAAGGGGAUUAGAUGCAGUUUUACAUUGCCUUUGUUUUAGUUGUGAAGAAAAAUGAAAGUAGGGCCAAGGC